UUCUUCUUCAUCUUCUUCUUCACAACACAACUCUGCUCAAAAGCCCAGAUGGGGGGCCCCCAAAUCUCUCUUCUGCAUGUCUAUUAUGUCCAAAUCUGCCGAGUCUAGAAGCAUUUACAGCGAUUCUCUAAUCGGAUCAUUCAAUGUCAUGUUUUUUUCUUAAGCUGCGGCGAUUUCUGUCCUGUUCAUAAUCAUGGAUGAGUGCUUUCUCGCUUCCUCAUCACAUUCUUGUGUUGCAGAUAAUUGGGCGAAUUAACAUGGAGUUUGAUUUCAGAGUUAAUGGGACUUGUUCCAAUCCUCACAUUGGUAAAAUGAUGAUGGUUGAGGAUUCGGAUUCGGAUAUCCAUGCAAUAAGGGGAGGAGGAGGAGGAGGAGGGUGUUCUUCGAGUACUAUCACAGAUUCUUUGAAGGAGACUAUGAUUAGCCAGGAAGGUGUAUUACAGAAACAGAUCUUUGAACUGCACCGGCUCUAUGGCAUUCAAAAGAACCUUAUGGAGAAGUUUGACUGCUGCAAAAAGAUAGACAACUUCGGUUUGUGGAAUGCAAGUGCACAGACAAGAUACUCUUUUGGAGGAGAAGAUAAUAAUGACUUUCCUGCAUUUCCCAUGGUGUUUUCUGCCCAAGCUCUGCUCCAGAGAAAUCCCAUUGAUCUUCAGCUUUCUGUUCUGGAUCAAGUAUCAAAUAAAGAAUAUUUAAGCUGUGAUGUCUCUACUCAAAAUCCAGUUAUCGAUUUGGAGGAGGAACCAGUUGAUGAUGUAUCUAACUUGUAUGAUAAAUCCACAUCAUCAGCAUCAUCAUCGCCUGCCAAUAUCUAUUUCCCGCAAAAUGUAGUUAAUAUGAAGAAAGAUGAUGAUAGUUGUAUUCUAACAGAGAGAACUUCCUGUUAUCAAGGAUUGGAUCUCAAUAAACAACCUGAAGAUGACAAUUCAGAUCUGUUCAUGAAUUCAAACAGCAGUAGUGGUAGAAUUGACUACGGAAAUGAAACUUGGCAGAUUGAUCUCAAUUCUGUGUCGAUGACUCAAUCUGAAAUGGGUAGCUGCAGCGGGAACUCAAAAUAUCUUGCACGCAACAAUACUGAUAUAAGCAUAUCAAACACGAUGGAGACAAAUAACAAGGAUGUUGAAGAAGAUGGGAAUUGCAAGAUAUCCGAAAUUCAGAUUGCAAAAUCAAAGUCGGAAGUUGAAUCAAUUGAUGAGAAGGGAGCAGAUGAGUCACGGGUGGUAAUGGAUCUUGGGAUUCUAGAUGCAGUUGAGUCUCUUAUGAGCAUGUUUUUGUCGUCAGGAAGUCCAUUGGCCAUGGAUGUUGAUGUUGUUGUUGAUGACGAUGAUGGGGAAAUUCAGCCAGAGCGUUCAUUGGAUUCAUACGAGCUGAUUGUACUGAAUCUAGAGGAAUGUAGUAGUAGUGCAUAUGAGAAAUGCGUUGUUUCCUCGAAGGAGAAGGUGAUGAAGGAGGAGGAGGAGGAGUCUCCAAUCAAGUUGAGGCGUGGGAAAAGGAGAAUAAAAGAUUUCAGAAAAGAUGUACUUCCUAGUAUGGCAUGUCUUUCUAGACACGAGAUUCAAGAAGAUGUAAACAUUAUGGAAGCUGUGAUUAGAUCGAGAGAGUACAAGAACAUAAUGAGAACCAAGACGACGAAUGUAGGAGGUGAUAAGUGGUUUACACCCGUAAAGAAGAGGAGCAGGAGGUCAAAGCAGACAUAAUUGGUAUUUCUCAUGAGUAUUCAUCAAUCAUCAACAACAAGGUUAAUUAGUUGUUUCUUUUUGUAGCAUAUUUCCAACAAAUUACUCCAAUUUAAGAACCAUGAUUGAUUUACUAUAAUAGAACAUGUGUUUGAUAUAGUGAAACUUUUGUCAUGAAGAACAUCCAUCUGUUCUUUCCUCAACACUGAGCAUCAUAGAGUCUAAUAAUUCCUUAAUGGAA